GUCAGUCAGAAACAACCCGCCCCUCCUUUCUCUGUCCCUGUGGUUUUGGUUGUCUAUCAUUGUCACCGCUCACACUGUCACUUCUCCACUCAUGGACUCACUUACGGUCACUUCUAGGAAUUGCACUUGUCUUGUUGAGACUGGAAGAUCUGGACUAUUAAUAUUUGACUCAGAACGCUCCUGAUGAGUUAACCCGGAAUGGAAACAUAAAGAAUUACUGCAGACGUGAGCCAGUUUUUUCCUAGAGCCUCAGGAUGCUGGACUCUAGAGAUCUCCAUAAUUUGAUAAUGGAUAAGCCCCAUGAUCCAGAUGUCAACUUCAAGCUGGAUAUAGGCACAGCCCAACCUGAACCCACCAUCCAUACAAGAGGACAGUGGUCUAGCAAAAUUGAGUUCCUCUUGGCUGUUGCUGGACAGAUCAUAGGGCUAGGAAAUGUCUGGCGGUUUCCUUACCUAUGCUACAAAAAUGGAGGAGGGGUGUUCUUCAUCCCAUACAUACUCUUCCUCUUCGCCUGCGGCAUACCCUUGUUUCUGCUGGAGACGUCUCUUGGCCAGUACACAAAGCAGGGAGGGAUUACCUGCUGGAAGAAAAUUUGCCCCCUUUUUGAAGGCCUUGGUUAUUGCAGUGAAGUGGUUGUUUUAUACUCCAGUAUUUAUUACAUUAUCAUAUUAGCCUGGGCAUUCCUAUAUCUUUUCUCCUCUUUCAACUCUGAGCUUCCCUGGGCAAGCUGCAAAAACAGCUGGAACACUGAAACCUGUGUGGAAUUUGACGGAAAGGCUGAUUACUUCAACAUGACUGUAUAUGAAAACGCAACUUCGCCAGUGAGAGAGUUUUGGGAGCGAAGAGUUUUGAAUAUAACUGGAAACAUCCAUGAGAUGGGCAAUAUUCGAUGGGAGUUGGCUUUGUGCCUUUUGUUGUCCUGGAUCAUCUGUUACUUUUGUGUGUGGAAAGGUGUCAAGUCUACUGGGAAGGUAGUUUAUUUUACUGCCACAUUUCCAUAUGUGAUGCUGGCGGUGUUGCUUGUUCGUGGACUCACGUUGCCUGGGGCCAUAGAUGGGAUCAAGUUUUACCUGUACCCAGAUCCAUCCCGUCUCGCUGAUCCCCAGGUAUGGAUGGAUGCUGGCACACAAAUAUUUUAUUCCUAUGCUAUUUGCAUUGGGUGCCUAAUUGCACUUGGCAGCUAUAAUAAGUACAACAAUGACUGCUACAAGGAUUGUGUGUAUUUGUGCCUUCUGAACAGUGGGACCAGCUUUGUUGCUGGCUUUGCCAUAUUCUCUGCACUUGGAUUCAUGGCAUAUGAGCAGAACACAGAUAUAUCCAAAGUGGCAGAGUCAGGUCCUGGCUUGGCAUUCAUUGCCUAUCCUCGAGCUGUCGCCAUGAUGCCUUUUCCUCAGCUCUGGGCAGUAUUUUUUUUCGUUAUGAUCAUCUUGCUGGGGCUGGACAGUGAGUUUGUGGGUCUGGAAGCUCUCACAACAGCCAUUUCCGACAUGAAUCCAGCCUUCUUCCAAGUCGGCCACCGACGUAAACUCUUGCUGCUUGCUGUCAGUGUUGUCAGUUUCUUUAUCGGCCUUGUGAUGGUUACAGAGGGUGGACUGUACAUCUUCCAGGUGUUUGAUUACUAUGCCUGCAGUGGAAUGACUUUACUUCUCAUUGCCAUACUGCAGUCUGUAGGUGUUGGAUGGGUAUAUGGUGCGGACCGAUUUUAUGACAACUUAGAGGACAUGAUUGGAUACAAGCCUUUACCCCUGAUAAAGUACUGUUUGAAAUAUGUCACUCCAGUAAUUUGCACGGGAACAUUUAUUUUCUCCUUGGUCAAAUACACUCCACUGAAGUUCAACAACACACUAGAGUAUCCAUGGUGGGGUUAUGCUCUAGGCUGGUGGUUUACACUCUCCUCUACGCUCAUGGUUCCCUUCUGGAUGCUGUACAAUCUGAGCAUCACUCCCGGUACACUGCGACAGAGGUUCUCCAUCUUAUGUACUCCAGCCGAAGAUCUCCCUCUGACCAAAUCAGAGAAAAGGGCUCUUGAACUGCUUGACUUGCCAACAUCCUUGGAUAACACAGUGUCCUAGAAUAAACAUGAAAAGCGAAGCAAACUCAGAUGGAUUUAACAAUUAACACAGUUAUAAGGAAAAUCUAACAUUAAAUCCAGUGGCUCAACCCUCUGUAGCGCUGCAUCAUUCCAGUCUGUUUGGAAUUUAACCCCUUAAAACACUGAUAUUUAUUUUGUGUCCCCAUCUAACUGGCUAGAUAAACCAGUGAGAUCGAUUCAACCAAAAACUACAACCUGAAUGAAUUCACACAAACAAGAGGUGAUUCAAAAAAACUGCGUAAAGACAGUCUGAGCACAAAUGUGUAGUUUCCCUGAGUUUGGGAGUUCAUCAUCUGAUUUGCAGUCCAAAACCAGAAGAGGAAACCACAGAAACGUCAGAAAUAAGAAUAUGGAACCAGAGAGUAUGUGGAGUUUUGCUUAAAGAAAACGGUUUAGGCCAUGAUUUCAUUUUCUAUAUUAUUGCUUCUGACGAUUGUCUUGUUCAUGUUUGUUCUGCUAACCCAUCUCCACAGCAAGAACUAGUUCUGAAAUUUCCCUCGCGGCCAUUUGCACUGAGCAUAUUAUUUGAUAUUUUAAAUUGCUCCUCAUCCAAAGUUCGUUGGUGAGUAUAUUGAGCUAUCUGCUUUCACUGUCUGAUUACAAAGCUCUUUUUUAAACCCCAGCUGUUCGUACAUCUUUAUGAUACUAGCACUGUUGUUAAUCGCAGUUUAUAUCAGAGCUAUUAGUGGAAUACUUAACAUAAUAUUCAUGAGAUGAAUCGCUGGGAAAUUUGUCAUGGGGUGGAAAAUUUUACAUGCCUUUAGCAAACGGUAGACUGUUUCUGAUGCCAUAGUUGGAGAAGGGAGAGAAGGUGAUGAUUAAUUCUGUCACAUUAAAAUGUUGUAUUUACAAUCAUGAAAAAAAAUAAUGGUGUAUUUAUUAUGAAAAAAAAUCCUUCUUCUUUUAAAUAAAAGACAGCACAGGGUAUUUACACCUACACAAAUGUGCCACAUGUUUAAAUCAAAAUCUUUUUGGGACUUUUGCCUGUUAUGGUUUCAAGCAACACCAUUUUGCAAACACUCAUCCUUUUGUAAUGAGCACUUUUUAAGAAGAGAGUGGAAAUGAAAGGUUUUUGUAUACCAAGUGUUUUUGUCUCUUACAUUGUAUUAUUACAUUUUGUGGUCAAGGCCUCAGGCUGUAGAACUCUUUGGAGUAAAAUAAUACUGGCAGUUACUUGACAAACCCUUACAGAUCUAACUCUUUAGUUACUUUAAGGCCAGUUUGAAUUAUACAGAUGCUGUAAAUUGUAACUAAAAAACAGUGACAGAAGGGAGUUUGUCAGGCAAUAAGCAUCCAAUCAACUGAAACCCUGAACACUGUGUUUAUCUGAGCCAUCUGGUGUUUGUGACCUCUACAAAGUACUGAUACUGUAAAUAUUGUGUAUGGGUUUUUCAUGUAGGCAGUAAAUGCAGCAUUACGAUAACUGCGUUAUGUAUUAUAAACCCGUUAGAACCAAGGAAAACACGGUACGGUACUAUUGAUUAUAAAAGAUGUUUUUCUGCUGUAUUCUCGACUUUUUUUCUUUUCAGAAACCUUCCUUAUCAAGUGUCCACGUUAAUAGUUUUAAUAUUUUGUAUCAUAUGUCAUUGAAACUUGUGGCAACAUUUUUAUGUAUAACAUGUGGAGUGUGAUCCAAAAGUUCUGGGAACUCUGGCCUUUAAAAAUCAAAGCAGUGGCAACCCUGAAUGGUGAUCCUAAGGAUUGGUCAGAGGCCAGCUUAAAAUCUUUUAUGUUGUUGUUUUUAUUGUUUUUUUUUUCUUUCUUUAAAAAUACGUUUCUCUGAACUUUCGAAUCACACCUCUGCACUGUACAAAUGUUGUAAUAACACAUUUUUUCAUGUGAGAAAUCAUAUUCACAUUUACAUGGUAAUUUUUUUUGUAAUCCACUGUUGCCACCAGAUAUAACAGGAACAAAAAGGUUUGCUAAUUGUUUUUUGAAGUGUUAGUAUGUUGAACUGAAUCAUAACUUUGGUUUGUAAAUGUUAAUUGAAUGAUUUCAAUCUUAUUAAACAAUGUGCCAUUCUUGAAAUAUGAUUUAUAAUGAGGCAAUCAUGUGUUAAUAUGAUAAAUAUUAUUUAUGUAUUUCCUCAUGCCUUCCUAUUACUAUUUGGUUAAACUGACAUGAGAAUCAUUCCUUAGGAUUUACUGCAGCAAUGACCAAUGAGGUGACUUGUAAAUUCAUCAUUUACAGACUUUAAUUAAUAUUCAGCUAACAUUUGAUUGUUGCUUGAUAGCAAAGUUGGACAUUUGUUAUUUUUUAAUAAAAUAUAUAAAAUCUUAAUAAAUUCACAACUGUCUUGUUUAUUGAUUGUCACUACACAGAUCCAGAGGAGAGUCUGAAAAAGUAAAAAUGGCAGUUUUUCUGUGUCCUUGAAUGACAUGAGAACAUUUUAAUUUUCUGCUAAUGCUUCUAAGAAAAUAAGGUUACGUCUAAUUCUUCACCUGAAUUGUUCAGUCUUGCAGCUAUGUAAUGAUAGAUUUCUUUUAUACAUCUCUUUUCUUUUCUCUUUAAAAAUUCCUUUUUUCAUUUUGAACAUGUAAAGGACAUCCAGUUUUUCAUCCACGCUGUCUAAAAUCUGAUGUCAUACUUGACCUUGGAACCAGGAACAGUGUCACUACAUCGUCCAUUUAAUAGCUUUCUAAUUUCAAUGUGUCACAUUAAACCUCCUUCAUUGUUUUUUAACCCAAGAUGCAUGAAUCAACCUAAGAAAAACCUAAAAAAAAAAACAAAAAGUGUUUACUAAAUAGACCUUUUUUAUAAGAGGAGAAAAAUGCAAUGAGUAAUCAAAUCUUAACACCCAGUUUAAUGAAGUUCGUUUUUAGUGUGCUGCAGAUUGCCGUUUUUUUCAGCUGAUGCCACGGAGACAGUAAAGCACUACUGCAAACAUCUUUGUUUUUGCUCUUAUCCUUGUAAUGUUCAUGCAUGCACCAGUAAAGCUGUGGUCAUGGUACUUCUGAAUUUUUUUUCCUUUAAGUGGUGCCUAAUUUCAAAUGCAAUGUUUCACACAGCUCGAUAAAUGUCACUACAGUCUGUGUGCUAACUAAAAGUAGCGUUUAUGUAGUUUCCAGAGAGGCAAAACAAAGCUUAAAUUGUGAUAAGUUCACUCAAAGGCGAUAGAAAAAGAUGUAAGUCGAGAUGUCGAGAAAUAAUUUUGAAAGGCAAGGAUGUGGACAAAAACUGGAAAUUCAAAGAUUAUGUGUAAUUUGUGUUUUUUACCUGAACAGUUGAUGUGUUUCUAAAGUAGGUUGUUUCCCAAUGACAUGUCUGAGAGCAAGGUAAAUUGUGGUACUUUUUUCAACGGUUAUGUGGAACAGUGAACAUGGGGUAGUUUGUAGUAUUUGUGGUACAGUUCCAGGUGAUAGAUGCUGGAGUAAGGAAAGACUGUGAUAUCCAUGGUCACUACCAGGUUAAGACUUGGAUAACAGCAGAGAUAUAAGAGAGAGACACAGCACUGAAUAAUUAAUAAUUGUAAAUUAUGGGAUAAUUUUGAAUCGGUAAGAAAUGUAUCACUGUAUUUGUAUCAGAAUUGGCUAGACAUUUUGUAUACACAGUUUUUAUGAUACAGUACCACUGGAAUGAAAUUUCCUUUAGACAACUGCUCCAGAAAGUACCCGUAUACAGUAGAUUUCAGCACAGCUGCUGAGCUACAGGACUUGCUUCUACAGUAGAAGAGCUUUAGGAGUCAUCAGUUUGAAUUUAGCACUCUUUAGUAACGCUAAAGCCACAUUUAUCCUUUAUACUGGUCUUACCAGUACCACCUAGGGGUUGGUCAGCAGUUCUAAUGGCUCACAUAUUAUCUGCCUACAUAUACUGUAGACUGCAGUUGGCUAAAAGAGUGAUAACCUUCAGAACUAACACAGUUUAACUGGCCACAGCCAGUCCACAAAGAAAAACAAAUCUACGGGAGCUUCUAUCACAAAGGAUUACUGUCCCACUUUAGUGCCUGGACACCAUUAUUGAAUAUAAAACAGCUUUUUCCUUUGUGAAACUGUGUGAAAACUGGACCUGAAUUCAACAGGUAGAUGAUGAAACGUGUUAAAAGCCAGGUGUGUAAUUAAAGUUGCUAAGACUUUUUUUUCAAGCCAUAUAAUAAACUGGUGACCCUCAUUCAGAGGGCUCCCCUGUGACACACAAUGAUAUAAGCUUAAGAAAAUGGAUGGCUAGAUGGAUCUUUUUCAAAGACUUAUUCUAAAUUUCAAAUAUAAAAAUACAUGCAUCAUGUUGAAUCUAUGCCAUGAAGAAUUAAGGUAGUUCUGGAGGCAAAGUGGGUGUAACCCCAUACUUGGAGGUGUACCUAAUGGGCUGGCCGGUAAGUGUAAGAGCAAGUGUAGAAAACUUUGCAUCUGAUUAAAAGUGUCUCCACAAAAAAUGUCUCCCUAUUUAUCAAUGUGCUCUUUAAAAAUAUAAUUAGAUUAUAAAAUAGUGGCCUAGAAGAUGAUCUGUCUAUUUGAAUACAACAGUUUGAUUCAUUUAUUUAUUUAUUUGGUUUUAGAGUGUAAAAAAAUAUGUAUAUAUGAAGAACACAUGAACAAAGGUACCAUAUGUAGUUUGGGGGGGGGGGGUGAAAAUAUAUCUUAUGUCUACAUGGCAACGAUCUUCCAAAAAAUAUGAACAUAUUCUAUGUCAAAUCUCUAAUCUCACAUGAGCCAUGCCACUGUUUUUCUACUUGUAGGCCAAAAAUUCUCCAGCACUUCCAAGUUCUACAGAUCUUUUACAUGUACCUGAAAGUGUGGUGAAAUAGUACGUACAUUACGAUGUACAAUUGAUAAAGCUAGAAAAAGUACCUCUAUUCAACACCGCACAAACUGUUUAAAUGUUUAGAGCCAGCAGUAGUUGAAAACAUUUAGCAACAAUCUGCUUACAAACCACACAACAAUAAUAUAGACUAGCACACACACACACACACACACACAUACAGGUAAUUGUUUUACACAACAUAUUUAAGACAGCUAAGGUAUUCAUUCUGAACCAACCAAUGUUUAUAAAACGUUUCAAUAUUAUUGUCCAGACUCUGUCCAGAUAUUUUAUGAAAAGAAAACAUUGUUGGUUUUACAGUUACCAAAGCGGACAGUUGUCUGAUACACAUUCACACUCUCGAGAUAAAGAAAAUCCUGUUUCCAGACUGCACCGACAUAGCUGAUCACAUUAUAAAAAAUACGUUUCUAUAAGGUGAAAAAAACUGCAAAAUGAAUGCUUCAUGUAUUUACCUUCUAAAUGAUGAUUUUCUGUGCCCUAGAGGUUAUGCCUUUAGCCUAACAAGAGUAAACAGGUCAGAAAAUAUGAUGAAUGCACCAGAAGAAGAAAGAGUGACUCCUUAUUCACUAAAUUCAACUCAAGCUCAGUAGGAGAAAUAUUCAAUUUUAUAUACAGUAUGACUAUUUUGCCUUUAAUGUUUUUACAGCUGCCAUCAGUUUAACAGACUUAAAUUGUGAAGUUCUCCCUGUUAUCUGUUUUUUACUUGAUCAAUUACAAUACCAAACUGGCUUUUUACAAAAUAAAGUGUGUGUUAUUGACUCAUGUCUUUAACCGUUAGGAUACAAAAGAAUACAUCAAAACAGGAAUAAAUUAUUUUAGUGCAUGACCACUUUCAGACGCAUCUUAGGAAAAUAAAUAAUUUUUGCCCAAAACACAAAAGCUAAAUUUGAAUUUUAUAUGUGAAAAUAGGCACUCCAUGCCAAAGUCUUGGAGGUGUUGAUAAAGACCAGAACUAAUUUGGCUUCACAGGAAGCAGAAGUUACACGCAAUAACCAAAUACAGUAAAUUUUACAUUUCAGAAAAGCAACUAGGAUUUUCUUCGGCUUAUUUUAUUUAUGACAGUAUUAAGUUUUGGCCAAAGCAAAAAUACUGAAUUUAUUGUUUUUGUUUUUUUGUUUUUUUAAACUCACCAUACUAACAGGACUUGUUACACCAAAAGUACAUAUUGCACAUAUAAAAUUAGCAAAGUUCAAGUCUGAAUCCAAAACACCUUGUGAUGCAUGCAGCUGCUCCAAAGGGGCUUAAAAACAAAUACAGAUCAUGAGCGUGGUUUUACAAUCAGAAACACUGUGGAGGCACUUCAACACAGUAGCCUAAGGACAAAGUAAUUGUGUUUCUUGCAUUUUGAGGAAAAAAAAAA